CAAGAGACAGGCAAGCACCACCCAUCAAAACAAAGAAGACAACACCGAAGCAGAAGCAUCGCUGAUCUUCAGAGAAUAAUCUCUUUUUGUUUUGGUGUAACUGACAUUUUGUCAGCAGCAAGCUCUGUUUUUGUUUCAUUUUGCACUAGUCUGCAGUAGAUCUCAUCAUGAGAUGCUGUGUUUUAGUUGUGUGUUUACUUUUGGGGAUAAGCGUACAAGAUGGAUGGAGCCUUCCCCUCAAGUCAGUCUUUGUCACCUUCCCAGGAGAUGUCAUCAAAAACAUGACUGAUACAGAGCUGGCAGAAAGUUAUCUAAAGAAGUUUGGCUACAUAAACACCGAGAAGCGCAGUGGCUUCCAGUCUAUGGUGUCUACCUCCAAGGCACUGAAGAGGAUGCAGAGGCAGCUGGGGUUGGAGGAGACCGGUGAGCUGGAUAAGUCAACCCUGGAUGCCAUGAAACAGCCUCGCUGUGGAGUUCCUGAUGUGGCCAAUUAUAAAACUUUCGAUGGAGACCUCAAAUGGGACCAUCACGAUGUUACUUAUAGGAUCAUCAGCUAUUCUCCAGACAUGCAGAUCACUCUGAUCGAUGACGCCUUUGCCAGAGCCUUUAAGGUGUGGAGUGAUGUGACGCCUCUGACCUUUACCCGCCUCUUUCAAGGCGAAGCUGACAUCAUGAUAUCGUUUGGAAAAGCAGAUCAUGGAGAUCCAUACCCAUUUGAUGGUAAGGAUGGUCUUCUAGCUCAUGCCUAUCCUCCUGGUGAGGGUGUGCAGGGAGAUGCCCACUUUGAUGAUGAUGAGUUCUGGACUCUAGGAAAAGGACCAGUUAUAAAAACACUCUAUGGGAAUGCAGAGGGUGCCAUGUGUCACUUCCCCUUUACUUUCGAGGGCAAAUCUUACACCAGCUGUACCACUGAUGGCCGUACAGACGACCUGCCAUGGUGUGCAACCACAGCUGACUACAGCAGAGACAAGAAAUAUGGUUUCUGUCCAAGUGAACUGUUGUACACAUUUGGAGGAAAUGCAGAAGGCGCUAAGUGCGUCUUUCCUUUCACCUUUCUGGGGGAGGAGUAUGACAGCUGUACAACAGAGGGCCGUAAUGAUGGCUACCGCUGGUGUGCUACCACAGACAACUUUGACAAUGACAAGAAAUUUGGAUUCUGUCCCAGUCGUGACACUGCUGUAACUGGAGGAAAUUCUGAGGGAGAGCCCUGCCACUUCCCCUUUAUGUUCCUGGGAAAAGAAUAUAACUCAUGCACAAGUGAGGGAAGAGGAGAUGGCAAAUUGUGGUGUGCUACCACUGACAACUACGAUGAUGACAAGAAAUGGGGUUUCUGUCCCGACAAAGGUUAUAGUCUGUUCCUGGUGGCAGCUCAUGAGUUUGGACAUGCCCUGGGCUUGGACCACUCCAGCAUUAGAGAGGCUCUCAUGUACCCCAUGUACAGCUAUGUGGAAGAUUUUUCCCUGAAUCAAGAUGACAUUGAGGGCAUUCAGUAUCUUUAUGGAGGGAAAACAAACCCUGAACCCACACGUCCUCAGCCUGAGCUUCCUACCACCACUGCAAACCCCGAUGAGACAGACCCCACUGAUGAACCUGAACCCACCACAACCACAACACCUGUGGAUCCAAGCAAAGAUGCCUGCAAGAUUGCUGAAUUUGAUGCAAUCACUGUAAUUGAAAAAGACCUUCAUUUCUUCAAAGAUGGACAUUACUGGAAGGUGCCCAGCACGGGGGGUGCAGGGCCCAAGGGACCCUUUUCUGUUUCUGAGAGGUGGCCAGCUCUACCAGCUGUCAUUGACUCUGCCUUUGAGGACGUUCUGACCAAAAAAUUGUACUUCUUCUCAGGAACCAGAUUCUGGGUUUACACAGGGAAGAAUGUUCUGGGUCCACGCAGCAUUGAGAAGCUCGGUCUAUCCAAUAGCAUUCAGAAGGUGGAGGGGGCGCUGCAGAGGGGGAAGGAAAAAGUGCUGCUCUUCAGUGGGGAAAAUUUCUGGAGGUUAGAUGUGAAGGCACAGAAAAUUGACAAAGGCUACCCAAAAUAUACUGAUACGGUCUUUGGUGGCAUACCUAAUGAUGCCCAUGAAGUAUUCCAGUACAAAGGGAAUUUCUACUUCUGCAGAGAUCGUUUCUACUGGCGGAUGAAUUCCCGCAGGCAGGUGGACCGCGUUGGCUACGUGAAAUAUGACCUCCUCAAGUGCACUGAUGCUUCAAGCACUCGCUACUGAGAUGUUUGCACAAAUGAGCUGGAAAUUGUCUGUAAUGUUGUAGCAUCCACUUGCUCCUCUGCAGGUGCCCAGGAUGAUGUCAUGCAGUGUUUGUGUAUAGCGCCUGUUGUAUGAUGUUUGUGCUUUCUGGGGUGUGAAUAAUUAGCCCUCAUUGAUGUUGGCUAAUUAUAACACAUGUGGCAUUGGUCUAAAUAUAAAUCAAAGGCCCAGUGCAGAAAAGCAAAUUGCCAUGUUUAGCACUCUUCUGCCCUCAGUCUUUUAAUCUGUGAACUGAUGGUUAUAGUGGCCUGAAAUUUAAGACCCAUAACCAUAAUUUAAACUGCUAUCCUGAUUAAAUUGCAGAUUAGCAGCAUAACUUCUGUGUCUGACAGGUUCAGACUUUUGACAGUAUUAGAUUAUUUUGGUAUUUAUAGCCGUAUCUAACUUUAAUAUUAAUAUUUUUGUGUCUCAAGCUUUUUUGUUUUGUAUUGAUUAAAUGUGUUUUUCUGGAAAUGGCUUUCAAGCCAAAUACUUGCACUGGAAGACAACACGUCUCCUACAUUUAAAUUAUUUAUGAGGCUAAUAAUUUUGCAUAAAUGUUUUUACUUUCAAUGCAAUAAACAAUUGGUGAGAACAAUC